AUGAUUUUAUACAAAUCAUUGAUAUGCUUGGCGUUAUGCUCCUCAGUCUUGGCUUCAUGGUCAUCAGAAGAGCUUGCCAUGUAUGAUCUUAUUGAAGACCUAGGCAGUAACUUCUAUGACUUCUUUAGUAUAAAAAAGGAUGCUACUCUGGGUGAAAUCAAGAAAGCAUAUCGUAGACUUAGUUUGGAGUAUCAUCCUGAUCGUAACCAUGCAGAAGAUGCCACUGUAACAUUUAGGAAUGUAGUAGCUGUUUAUGAAAUUUUAAAAUCCACAGAGCUUCGUGAGAAGUAUGAUAAUGUAUUAGAAUUUGGAUUGCCUGAUUGGCGUCAACCUAUUUAUUACUACAGAAAAAUGCGAAAGUUCUCCUGGUGGGAAGCAUUACUAGUCCUUUUAUUAGUUGCCACAAUAGCUCAUUAUUGUAUGAUGUGGGCUUCUUAUUAUGAGAAGAAGUUAGUACUGUCACAGACUAUUAAAAAAUCUAAAAAGAAAAAAGCCAGUGAAUCAGAAGAGGAAAACAAAAAAAUGUUCGAUCAAGCCAUGCUGGAGCAUCUCCCAAACGUUUAUAAUUUGCUUCCCUUUCUUCUUGUGCACCUAGCAAUUAACCUAACAAAGGCAGUCUUUGAGGAAAUACAGAAUAGAAUGAAGAAGGAAGAAGUUGUUGAGGAAGAGACUGUUGUAGUGAAGAAGCGUCCUGCUGCUGCUCCAAAAGUAGAGUUCCACUUCGAAGUGGCUAAAGAUGUCAAAGCUGUGACUAUGAAUGAUCCUAAACUUGAAGAGAAAUACAAAAAAGAAGCUGAGAUGACUGCUUUGAAGAGCGCUGGAGAAGGGUGGUCAUUCGAAGAACUAUCUUCACUCAUCCGCCUGAGCUCCGAAAAAUUUCCUCCAGGAACGCCUUCACGAUGGGAUUUGAUUGGUAGAGCCUUGAAUAGGAACGCCGAAGAUGUUACUGCCAUGGCUGGCAAACUGAAGAAUAUGAAACAAGAAGAUUAUAGCAAACUGCUACAAGGUCAACAGUCAGAAUCUGUGGUUCCUGUCGUUUCUGCUAAUUCACCAUCCACCGGAGAUUGGUCACAGGAAGAUCAGAAGCUAUUCGAAAUAGCGUUGAAACAGUUUCCCAAGGGAACUGAUGAGAGAUGGGAACGGAUAUCAGAAGCUGUUCCAGGAAAGGACAAGGAGCAAUGCUUGGCUCGCUUUAAGCAACUUGCAGAGAUCAUUAAAAAGCGAAAGCAACAAUCGCAAAAUUGA